AUGUCUAACAAUCAUCCACAACCUCUGUCACAAUCAAAUGAAAAUUUCAAUCAGUCAGAUUGGAAUCGAUCAGUAAAUCAAUGGAAUAGUCAUAAAUGUCGUAAACCGCUCAUCGAUUUGUCGCAUACUACAUACACACGACUGCAAACACAAAGUUUUGUGAAUAAAUUUGAUAAAUCUCUCACGAAACAAUUAAACACAUGUUCCUCAUCAUUCUCACACUCACCCUCACCAGCAACAUGUGGAAUUACCGAUCCAGCGAAUCUUACAAGACGUAAUGAACGAGAAAGAAAUCGUGUGAAAUUAUUAAACAUGGCAUUCGAUCGUCUACGAGCUGUGGUCCCAUGUCGUUCGGAUAAAGUAUUACAUGGACAAGAGAAUCCAUGUUCAAAUUCCAUUCCCCAAUCACCAACCUCGUCAUCAUCAUCAUCAUUGUGUUCAGGGAAUCCAUCAAUCAGUCACGUGAAUCAAAUGAAAACAUGUACCAGUCAUAAGCGAAAACAACACAAUGUCAUAAGCAAAUCAGCUGAAUUAUUUGAGAACAAUCAGAAUGAAGCAAGAUCAGGGACCUCCUGGUCAUCUUUCGAGCAAGUUAUGUCACCACACAGGAACAUAUCUAUGCUCGGAAGAGGAUCAGUAAAUCAGUUGUACCCGGCGCCGAUAUUUCCAACUAAUUGGGAUCCACAUAUCAAUACUUUAAAUAAUAACGAGCAGAAAAAUGAUGAUCUUGAUAUGAAGGAACGCACAUCGGCAUCAUUCAUCCAUUCAACUCCACAGAACAGACGAGUUGAGAAGACAUUCUGUACCGAUUCAAAUUCGCCAUCAUCAACAUCAGUAUUCUCAUUAACUUGUGAUGUGUCGAAUGAUUCCGGUUAUCAUAAUUAUCAAUCACAAUAUGAAUCAUUAUUACUGUCGUCUGCACAUCCACCUCAUUCGAUGUUGUCCAAAUGA